AGUUGAUGAUGCACAUCUUAACAGCAACUCUUCAGGUCAAACUUCAUUACACUGGAGAAGAACAUUAUCCAUUUGGUGGUCCAUGAAAAAGAUGAACGAUGCCACAAGCGGAUGAAAGAAACAGGCAGUACGGUGCUGCCUCGGGACACAAGGAAUCAUGUACAUUUCGGUGGAGGCAUCAUCAUCAUCUAUAUGAAUGGAGAGUUUGAUUCCAGUGGCUGGUGGGUACCGGAGAACCAUGAGUUUCACCGCUGGCAACUUGUAAGGCCAUGUUCCACAUUGCCUCUGGUCCUCAGGCUGUUACUGCACUUGCACCACCUCAUCAGUGAUGGUAUCUGUGAUGCUGCGACUUGACCAUGCAUUCAUCUUCUUAAUCUGAUGGUUCCGAGCUACCAGUAAAAUCAUGUUCCGGUGAGACAGAAGACAAGGAGAUACGGCUGCCUUGCCUUCAUUGUUCCAAGCUAAGCGGAGAUUAUUCUUACUUCAGACAUGAGAUCUGCCUCAUGUCUGCUAAGAACCUUGACAUGCUCAUUCACUUGGAUGAUAGUAUCCAUUUUAUGAUAUUCCGAGUUCAUUUCAGAAGGUCUUUCUUCCUGAUACAAUGUUGCUAGGUGAAGCUGAUGGGUUAACCUUUGAGUAUUGGAGGAGACAAAGGUGGCUCUUAGAAGGGAAUCCACUUCCACAUGGUAUGUUUUGAAUCCUUUUCCUUUAUAGUUUCUGAAGGUAUCUUUAUGCAACAUGGCCAAUACUAUGCUCUAAUUAGGAUAAGAUUACGGACUGUUGUAUCAUGGAUAAAUCUAGAAUGCACUGUCUUUAUAGUUUCUGAAGGUAUCUUUAUGCAACAUGGCCAAUACUAGGCUCUGAUUAGGAAGAAGAUACUCUCAAAUCUCUUUGAAGAAUUGGGGAUAUGGUUGUCAUGGGAAUGCCAAAUCAACACCAUGAACCAAUCGAUGUCGACUGAUUUAGACAAGAACACUGUUGGCAUGACUAAGACUCCACUAAAUAUAUUGAUAGCUGGUGAUAAAAAAGCCAAAGACAUGCAACCGCCUGCAGAAUCCUUAGAGAAACCUAGCUAGGAACAUUAAGAAUGCCAGAGAAAACAUCAAGAUCAUUCUAGGUAUGUCCGUCGAUGCAUAUGCCUAUCACUCCGAGCUGUAUGACAUCACUGUUAGCCACAAGCAUGUAUCCGUGCAACACCACCACAUGUCCAGAAGACUCAAUUGGCAAGAAACAUCAUGCAUAUAUUCUGAGAAGAUCUAGGGUUACUGUUUGGCAUUCCAAAUCCUUGCUGACUGAUCUCGACCUUAUCGCGAAUUAGGAUAAAGAAAGCUUCGUCAUCGGCAGAUCGAGAUAGGUCACCUCCUAAUAUUCGAGCAUCAGAAGCUCAAAGUUUCAUCUUCAAUGGAGAUAGAUGGCUACAUUUAUCCAACUUUGUUCCGAGGAGAAGUGACCUGCAACAGACUAUGCAGUAAACCAGGGUUACUUCCAUACUAAUGGUCAGAGGACACUUGAGCAAUGUGUUUCACCAAAAUUUCCCAGCCAAAGGAUUCCGCAUUUAGAGUCCUUCGGCUCAAUAACAGUACCACCCAGGCUCACUUUUAGCCCUAUAAAAACAUCACGCUUCUGGAGCUUUAACCACCAAGUCCUGAGUUCUUAAAGCAUAUCUACCCCAUUGCCUCUCCUCGCUCUUCAAACCUGUGUCUGAAUUCCGCCCAAUCUUCGGCCACAAUUUGGAUCGGUCCACAAGAAUCUGAGCUCCCACAUUCCAUUUGAUCCGAGCUUGUGUCAGGAUGGACAGGGUGAUGAAGUUGGCCUCGCAGAAGGCAGUGGUAAUCUUCAGCUUGAGCUCAUGCUGCAUGUGCCACACCAUCAAGAGGCUCUUCUGCGAGCUGGGAGUCAAUCCUGCUGUUUAUGAGCUUGACGAAGACCCCAGAGGGAGAGAGAUGGAGAAGGCACUGGUCAAGCUGCUCGGCCGCAACCCCUCGGUGCCGGUCGUGUUCAUCGGAGGAAAGCUCGUUGGAUCCACCGAUAGGAUCAUGGCCCUUCAUCUUGGUGGCAAGCUGACUCCAUUGCUUCGGGAGGCUGGUGCUCUAUGGCUUUGAUCUCACUAUCAGAUUAAUCUCUCCUUCACAACAAGAAGUGAACUCAGGAAGAGUUUGGCUCUGCUUUUUGUAGCUUGUACCGAAGACCAUGCCAUGCAAAUAAGGUGUACAGCUUCUGCUGCUUCUUGAUGAA